CCAACACCUGUGUGUUUUACUAGUUAUUUUGUAUCAGGAUGGACACUGUGGCUAAGGUGUGUCUGACUGAUUUUGAGGAGUAUGCCAAGCAGCACCUCUCCAAAUCUACCUGGGAUUAUUAUGCAGCUGGAGCAGAUGAGUGCUGCACCAGAGAUGACAACCUCCAGGCCUACAAAAGGAUCCGUUUAAGGCCACGGAUUUUACGGGACGUGUCAAUAAGUGAUACACGAACUACCAUUUUGGGCACGGAGAUCAGCUUUCCUGUAGGCAUUGCACCUACUGCUUUUCAUUGUUUGGCCUGGCAUGAGGGAGAGCUAGCCACUGCCAGGGCCGCAGAAACUGUGAACACCUGUUACAUUACCAGCACUUACUCCACAUGCUCAGUGGAGGAGAUUUGUGCAGCAGCUCCAAAUGGCUACCGCUGGUUCCAGCUCUAUGUGUACCGUGACCGCAAACUAUCAGAGCAGCUGGUGCACAGAGUGGAGGCACUCGGUUACAGGGCCUUGGUGCUCACAGUCGACGUGCCAUACACUGGCAAACGUCGUGAUGACAUCCGCAACCAGUUUAAGCUUCCCCCUCACCUGAAAGUGAAGAACUUUGACAACAUGUUUCCGGACACUGCAGCUCCUGAGGAGUAUGGUGUUCCAUCCAAUACGUUGGACCCAUCCAUAAGCUGGAAAGACAUACACUGGCUGCAGUCUCUCACCCGCCUGCCCAUUAUCAUUAAAGGUAUCCUGACUAAAGAGGAUGCAGAGCUGGCUGUGGAACAUGGUGUUCAAGGGAUCAUUGUAUCCAACCAUGGAGGCCGACAGCUGGAUGGGGGACCAGCCACAGUUGACUGUUUGUCUGAGAUAGUGGACACAGUGCAAGGCCGGAUCGAGGUGUACAUGGACGGAGGAAUUCGCACAGGCAGUGAUGUAGUAAAGGCCUUGGCUCUGGGAGCCAAGUGUGUGUUUAUUGGAAGACCUGCAAUCUGGGGCCUUGCUUACAAGGGUGAAGAGGGCGUGAAAGAAGUCCUGCAAAUUCUAAAUGAUGAGUUCCGUCUAUCCAUGGCCUUAUCUGGUUGCAGAAACGUGGCUGAGAUCAACAGGAACCUCAUUCAGAUUUCUAAACUCUGAUCAAAUAGAAGGGAAUAAGGACGAGAUCAAGAUAAGCUUCAGUCCAGCACAUUCUCUAUAAGACACCUUUAAUGGCUAUCUUCUUGCUCAAAGGCUGAUGAGCACAGAAUGGAUGUAUUAAAAUGGUUUAUAUUCUAUUAUUCAUUCAAAUAAACUACGUACAUGGGCAGUAAAAAAUCCUUAACACUAAAGAUAAUUGACUAUGAUCAA